AUGCCCACUAUGGCACCUGUGGACAGAGAGGCCACUGCCAAGGAAGGGAGGACGAGAGAAGGGAAGGGGGGCGAGGAGGAGGAGGAGGAGGAGGAGGAGGAGGAGGAGGAGGAGGAGGAGGAGGAGGAGGAGGAGGAGGAGGAGGAGGAGGAGGAGGAGGAGGAGGAGGAGGAGAGGGUGAUGUUGGGGGAAGGGGAGAGGGAGCCGUAG